AUGGCCUCCAAGGACUCGCGGUCGGAGCUCUUACAUGAGGAGUCCAGACGGACCAGGGAGUUUUACAGAUACUACCAACCUAUUCGAGAGCUUACCAAGUCUGGGCCUCCACUGUGCGAUCUAGCUGAUGCCGCUUCGGUCAGAGAUCAUCAAGCAUUUUCAUGCCCUGACCGAGCUCUCACAGCAUUCUGCCAGCUGGGCGCUCUACGUUUGCAAACCAGGCGUUGCAUGCUCUUCUUUUUCGAUGCUGCCUACGCUUUCGUACUUGCAGAAGCAACAAGAACGUUAUCUCUCCAAGAUGACAGUGUUCACGAGCUUGAAGAUUCCUUGUGGCUGGGCCAUACCAAGAUUCCGCGCGGCUAUUCGGUCUGCGAGAGCACCAUCUUGCUUCCCCCAAAUCAAGCUAAAGAUGACUCUACAUCGAUGGUCAACAUUAUCAAUGAUUUGAGUGAAGACACACGGUUUUGCGACCUGCCAUUUGUUACUGAUGGACCAAGGGCUCGAUUCUACGCUGGCGUGCCUAUAACGACGCCCAAAGGAAUCAACAUAGGAGCCUACUGCGUGCUCGACGACAAGCAGAGAAAUGGUCUGGACCGGAKAAGCAUGCUAUUCCUGCGAGACAUGUCGGCAACGGUAAUGAAGCAUCUCGAGAUGGUGCGCGGUCAGGCCGAGCAUCGGAUCGGGACCCAGAUGGUCGCGGGCUUGGGAGCUUUUAUCGAUGGUGCUUCGGGCCUGGGGGACUGGGCCGAAAAGAAUGAGGAUUGGAACGCCGAAGACCAUGACGCUGUAUCUGAUCACCCGAUGGGAACGCACUCUCCGAAAACUUCGGCCGUGGCGCAGGCUGCCAUUGCUGCCGUGGAAACCAUCCAGGAAGAUCAAGUUCCCGUUUCGCCGGCUCCUCCCAAGCCAAAGCACAAGAGAUCGAGAACAGUUACUGCUAGCAAUGGGGCAUCUCUUCAACGUUCCGCACAGUUUCCCACUACUCUUGCUGGUAAGAGGAGCUCAGACAAUAUAAAGGACCCAGACACUACGGACAUUCAGACCACAUUCAAGCGAGCAGCAACUCUCAUCCGCGAGGCGAUGGACGUGGAGGGUGUCCUGUUUUUUGACAGCGCCGUCUCUACCUUCGGAGGAUUGGUCGACACUGUGGGUACGGUUAGCACGGAGCUUAGCUCUGAUCACGGUAGUGCAACGGAACAGACUGGCACUGGGACAGAAGGCGAAGAGAUCAUGGCCGAAAGUUCCGCCAAAGAGGAGGUUACAUCGCCGAAAUGCUGUGUGCUUGGCUCGUCUUGCGUUCCCAGUCCCCGGAAAGAGGCAGAGGUAGACCGCUUCACCUCAGUACCGCCCACACAGAUCACAGAAAAGUUUCUUCGCUCGUUGUUGAGACGCUAUCCACGAGGCAAGACUUGGAACUUCAAUGAGGACGGCGAUGCUUCUUCAGAUGAUGAGGCGUCUUCUGAGUACUCGCUCUCAGCUGAUGCUAAGGUCUGCCGCUGCGUACCUGUCAACAAAUCUUUUGAUGGGAAACGUCCCUGUGGUGUCUGUUCGAAGCGCCGUCGACGUAGCCGUCAUGAAGAUGCGCAGGAGAUUGCACGACUUUUCCCUGGCGUAAGAAGCCUGGGACUGGUGGGAAUGUGGGACCACACUCGUCAGCGAUGGUACGCUGCAUGCGCCUUCUACACCUACUCACCCCUGAGACUCUUCUCCGAGGAGAGCGAAAUAAAGUACAUGUCAGCAUUCUGCGAUGUGAUACUGGCAGAACUACAUCGAAUGGAAGCUCAGACCUCGGAAAGGGCGAAGUCGGACUUCAUUUCCACAAUGUCGCACGAAUUGAGGUCGCCAUUACACGUUGAGUAUGUCCAAUUCGCGGCUAAGGGAGAUGCUAAUCAUGUCUACAGGGUCAGCAUCCUAGGUUCAGUUGAAUGUCUUCAAGAGACCGAAACCGACAAGAUAAGUGCGGACCUGAUUUCACAGGUUGACAUCUGCGGCCGUACGCUUCUUGACAUUAUCGAUCAUUUGCUSGACUUCAGCAAGAUCAAUCACCACGCCAAAGCGAAGGGUGGCGUUCUUGAUGCCAAAGGUCGUCGGAUGAGCUCCAACGCCGCAAGACGAAGCCGAAUGGGCGGCAUGAUGACCCUAAGCGCAGACAUAGCGCUCGAUCAAGUGACUGAAGAGGUGGUGGAAACUGCAGUGUAUUCCGCUGCAGUAUCCGCUGCGCGAGAUCCAGCCGCCAUUGCGAAUCGGAAGGUCGCCGUCAUCCUUGAAAUUGACCGCUCGGCCGCGAUUGAUUGGAAGUGCUAUGUUGCUGUCGGAGCAUGGAAACGUGUGUGUAUAAACCUUGUGUCCAAUGCUCUCAAGUACACUGAGAGGGGACAUAUUCGGAUAUCUCUCAAGGCGAGCGCCAUCCCUGAGAAGAGGAAAAGAUUCAACGUCACACUGAGUGUCACCGACACCGGCCGAGGAAUGUCAAGAGACUUCCUAGAGAACCACUUAUUCAGGGCGUUCCAACAAGAAGACAGCUUUGUUGAAGGCACCGGACUGGGCAUGAACCUCGUGGCCAAAAUUGUCAAAGCUUUUGAAGGCAAGAUCGAUGUGCAAAGCGAGCAAGGGGUAGGCACCUGCUUCUCCAUCACUCUACCCCUGGAGCAUAGCCGUAAUAACAUUGGACGUGACCCGGUUCGAAGCCCUCCUCUCUUAGGGGUUUCAGUCACAAUCAUCGAGCCUUUGACUGCUUCCACAGAGACUUCGGUGGAAAGCGGCCGCCAUCUCCUACUGUCUAGCAUACAAGGAACUCUUGAGGAAGCCGGUGCCUACGCGACGAGGUGUGACUGGGAUGGCAGCCUGGAGGCCGACGUAUACCUGGUCAUGGAGGCGGACGUGCUACAAGAAAUGCAACGAUUGCAAGACGGCCACUUUACGAGUAUGAGGAUGUCGCCGGAUGCCCUCAGCAACAAACCCUUCGUAGUGCUAUGCGAAAACGCAAUUUCGCAACGUAGGCUACGAAAUUCUGGGCUAGGCUUGCUUGCAAGCGAGCACGUCGAGCUGAUAGCUCAGCCUGCGGGACCUGAGCGCCUCGCCAAAGCUAUACUGAAUUGCAUGGAGAAGAAACGGCAAAUCACAAAAGCCACAGGCCUAGCAGGUGCAGUAAAAGACAUACCCGUUGUCACUCCUCAUCCGGAUCGUAGCGCCGUGUCCCGGAUCAUGGCCAUGCGACCUUCAAACCCAGAUAUCGACAGUACUUACGACGAAGCUAGACUCGCACCGCUCCAUCAAGCAAGACUUCCAAAUGUCCAGGGUACAGCAGAUACAAUGCCUCGUCUCAAGUUUCAGCGGAGCUUGUCAUCACAAGAAAGGCUGCAAAGACUUCCUAAAACUACAUUGAACAGUGGAAUCCCUACUCCUGGUUCUCAAAAUACUGCUUCUGCAGCAAGCAAAUCAGAGAUCUCUUUGCUGCUUGUUGAUGACAWUCCUAUCAAUCUAAGGCUGCUCGUCACCUACGCUGAGAAGCAUGGCCACCACAAGAUUGUCGCCACUGAUGGGCUACAAGCUGUCGAAGCCUACAAACAGGCGUGUCUGGACUCCGUCGAACCUCAAGAUCCGCCAGGCGCCGGCGAGAGUGCGAUUUCUUCGUCUUCGAAGCCGCAAAUUAUUCUCAUGGAUAUCAACAUGCCGCGCCUCAACGGUUUCGAGGCGACAAGACAGAUCCGAGGUUUCGAAGAGCAGCGCGGCAUUGCGCCGGCCACCAUAAUCGCCCUCACAGGUCUGGGAAGCGCGACUGCGCAGCAAGAAGCUUUUACCAGUGGAUUUGAUCUAUUUUUGACUAAGCCCGUGAGGCUGAAGGAGCUCACCAAAGUCAUUGAGACGUUGAAGAAGGGCUGA